AUUAAUUAGUCUCCAUGGAAAUCUUGAGUGCUAAAACAUCCAAGAAAAUUGACGCUAGCUAGUGCUUGUCGCCAUGUCGCUACUACUCCGUGCCAAGUGUUUUCAGCGCCUCACAAUUUCUGGUUUUGUGAGAGAUUUGCAUGGAGAGCACAGAACAGCAACCCCUCAGAAUUUCUCCAACUAUGAGUCCAUGAAACAGGACUUCAAAUUGGAGAUUCCAGAGUACUUCAACUUUGCUAAAGAUGUCCUGGACCACUGGACCAAUAUGGAGAUGGCUGGACAGAGGCCUUCCAACCCAGCCUUCUGGUGGAUCGAUGAAAAUGGAGACGAAGUGAGGUGGAGUUUUGAGGAACUGGGAUCUUUGUCCAGGAAAUUUGCCAAUAUACUUACAGAAACCUGUUCCCUGGAAAAGGGAGAUCGAGUAAUUGUGAUUCUGCCUAAGAUCCCAGAGUGGUGGCUUGCAAAUGUGGCCUGUUUGCGAACAGGGACAGUUCUUAUCCCAGGAACUACUCAGCUGACCCAGAAAGACCUCCUCUACAGACUACAGACUUCAAAAGCGAAGUGCAUUAUUACCGAUGACUCACUGGCCCCAGCAGUGGAUGCUGUUGCAUCUACAUGUGAAAAUCUCCACUUCAAGCUACUUGUGUCUCAGAACUCCAGAGAGGGUUGGGGGAACCUCAAGGAGAUGAUGAAACAUGCCAGUGACAACCACACCUGUGUGAUGACAAAACACGAUGAGAUGAUGGCCAUUUACUUUACCAGUGGAACAACUGGACCUCCUAAAAUGAUUGGACACACCCACAGCAGUUUUGGUUUAGGAUUAUCUGUAAAUGGAAGGUUCUGGCUGGAUUUGACACCCUCGGAUGUGAUGUGGAAUACCUCAGACACAGGCUGGGCAAAGUCUGCAUGGAGCAGCGUUUUUUCUCCCUGGAUCCAAGGAGCAUGUGUAUUUGUACACCACUUGCCCCGUUUCGAGUCAACUUCCAUCCUGCAGACACUCUCCAAAUUUCCCAUCACCGUCUUCUGUUCAGCGCCAACUGCAUACCGAAUGCUUAUACAGAAUGAUAUGAGCAGCUAUAAAUUCAAAAGUUUAAAUCACUGCGUGAGUGCUGGGGAGCCAAUCAACCCAGAGGUGAUUGAACAAUGGAGAAACAGGACGGGCCUGGAUAUCUACGAAGGAUACGGACAGACAGAAACGGUGCUAAUCUGUGGAAAUUUUAAGGGAAUGAAAAUUAAACCUGGCUCAAUGGGAAAACCUUCUCCUGCUUUUGAUGUUAAGAUUUUAGAUGAAAGUGGCAAUAUUCUACCUCCUGAACAAGAAGGAGAUAUUGGAAUUCAAGUUCUACCUAACCGACCAUUUGGCCUUUUUACUCAUUAUGUAGAUGAUCCUUCAAAAACAGCUUCAACUCUACGAGGCAACUUCUAUGUCACGGGUGACAGAGGGUACAUGGAUAAAGAUGGAUAUUUUUGGUUUGUUUCAAGAUCGGAUGAUGUCAUAUUAUCCUCUGGUUAUCGGAUUGGGCCAUUUGAGGUAGAAAGUGCCUUGAUGGAGCACCCUUCGGUUGCAGAGUCAGCUGUUGUCAGCAGCCCUGAUCCCAUCAGAGGAGAGGUCGUAAAAGCUUUUAUUGUUUUGAACCCUGAUUACAAGUCACAUGACCAAGAACAAUUAAAAAAGGAGAUUCAGGAUCAUGUAAAAAGAAGUACAGCACCUUACAAAUACCCAAGAAAGGUAGAAUUUAUUCAAGAGCUGCCAAAGACUAUUAGUGGGAAGAUAAAAAGAAAUGAACUGAAGAAAAAAGAAUGGAAAACAAUUUAAAUUCAUCCCAUUAUCAUAGUACAUAUGAAAUAAACACAGAGGCU